GCUCUAAAAUGCACAGAAGACAAAGAGGAGUGAACACUGGGCUUCUUCUGCUGUUUGCCCAGAUUUAUCAGUUUGGGCUAAACAACAUCCCUCCUGUAACUCUGGCAGCACUUGGACUGAAUAUUUUCCUUUUUUUGAACCCAGCUAAGCCAUUGCUUUAUGUCUGUAUUAGUGUACACGAGGGUUACUACCACAGAGACUGGCAACGUCUACUCCUGUCACCAUUCCACCAUGCUGAUGAUUGGCAUCUGUAUUUCAACAUGGUGUCCUUAUUAUGGAAAGGCCAAAAACUGGAAAACAGGCUGGGCAGUGUGCUCUUCGCAGCAAUAAUCGCUGUAUUUUCCCAGCUGGUAGGAGUGGUGUAUGUCAUUUUGGAGUUAGUCCUGGCAGAAUUCAUGGAUGAUCCUUCCUACAAGAUGCAAUGUGCUGUGGGCUUCUCAGGAGUACUCUUUGCUUUAAAAGUACUAAACAACCAUUAUCAUCCAGGAGGAUCUUCCAAUGUCUUUGGUUUUCAAGUUGCCAACAGAUAUGCUUGCUGGGUGGAGCUGGUGGCCAUCCAUUUGCUAUCACCAGGAACGUCAUUCGUUGGACAUCUUGCUGGUAUCUUGGUUGGACUGCUAUACACCCAAGGCCCUCUGAAGCUGAUUUUAACCACUGCAGUAUCAUUUAUCACAGGUGGACCCGCAACAAGACAGACGAGCUACAACAACUCUGGAUACGCUCGAUAUCCUGAUUACCAGCAGCAGCAGUAUGACACACGUGGGUCCUACGAUAUGUACACAGGGGGGCUUAGUGAAGAUGAGCAGCUGAACAGAGCCAUAAGAGAGAGUCUCAAUGAAAGAGCAGGGCAGAGAAGGACUCAUCAAGACAUGGACUGGUCAUCACCUGGACAGCUCUCACUAGAAGAAAUUAGAAGACGGAGAUUAAACAGAUUUUAAAAACAUAGUGCCUUGUGAAAUUCUUAUAAUGCUUUGUAAAUACAGUUUUUUUUAAUGAAAAUAAAAUGUAUAUGUCUUG